GGUUUGUAUCGGCCUCUGUGCAGCAGCAGCGCAGCCUGGAGCCAGUGGGAAACAGAAACACUAUGGCUGCCGCUCUGUCUCUUACUCAGCUCUCCAGUGGCAAUCCCAUCUAUGACAAGUAUUACAGACAGGUGGAUCCAACCAACAGUGGACGAGUGGUUGCACCUGAUGCCGCUGUUUUCCUGAAGAGGUCAGGCUUAGCAGACCUAGUUCUAGGAAAGAUUUGGGACCUGGCAGACUCUGAACGCAAGGGGGCCCUCAAUAAACAGCAAUUCUUUGUAGCUUUACGCUUAGUAGCCUGUGCCCAAAAUGGCCUGGAGGUGGCACUCAAGAGCCUUAAUGUGGCUGUUCCUCCCCCCAAAUUUCACGACACGAGUAGCCCACUGUUACCAGGAGGAGUGCCUGGUGAUUACCCGUGGGUAGUAAAGCCAGAGGAGAAGAUGAAGUUUGACGCCAUCUUUGACAGCCUUGGUCCUGUUGGAGGGAUGCUAACUGGAGAUAAAGUGAAGCCUGUUCUUCUUAACUCCAAACUGCCUGUAGACAUCUUGGGAAGGGUUUGGGAGCUUAGUGACAUUGACAGAGACGGCAUGUUGGACAGGGAUGAAUUUUCUGUGGCAAUGUAUCUAGUGUACAGAGCGUUAGAAGGCGAGCCAGUUCCUAUGUCCCUCCCGCCUCCCCUGGUACCACCCUCAAAGAGAAAAAAGCCCUCUGUGCCCCCUGUGAUGCCUCUGCUGCCAUCACCGCCCUCGGCUAAAGACAGAAGCUCCUCCCACUCCAAGACCCUGCCCCACCCCCCUAAACCUGUCCCAGUGUCAGCUCCUGCCCCAGUUCCUGUCCAAACUCCAGCAGCUGCUCCUUGGGUGGUGUCUCCAGCAGACAAAGCAAAAUAUGAUGAACUGUUCACCAAAACAGAUUCUGAUAUGGAUGGACUAGUGUCUGGACCAGAAGUUAGAGAUAUAUUUUUGAAGACAGGGCUGCCCUCUGCCACUCUGGCUCGUAUUUGGGAAUUGUGCGACAUUGGAGAUGUAGGAAAACUGACCCGGGAACAGUUUGCUUUGGCGCUUCAUCUGAUCAACCAGAAACUGACAAAAGGCCUAGAGCCUCCCCAGAGUCUGUCUCCAGAGAUGAUCCCUCCCUCUGACAGGCAGAAUAUAAAACAGAAUAAUUUGGCAGCUGACUUCUCUGCUAUCAAGGAGCUGGAUUCUCUCAGUAAUGAGAUUGUUGAAUUACAAAGGGAGAAAAGCACUGUAGAAGAGGAAAUCAAGGAGAAAGAGGAAGCUAUCAGACAACGGACGAAUGAGGUUCAGGACUUACAAGAUGAGGUUGCCAAGGAGACACAGGAGUUGACGCGACUCCAAACACAGCGGCAGAAGGUCCAGGAGGCAUUGGAGGAACUGGACCAGCAGAAGUUGUCCCUGGAGGAGCAGUUGUCCCACAUUCGCCAGCAAACAAGCCAGGAGCACCAACUGAUCACUUCACUGCAGUCUGAGCAUGAGGAGCAGGAGGUGAGGAUCUGUCAGUUUGAAGAGGAGCUGGUCCAGGCCAGAGAGGAGCUUCUCGCUCUGCAGGAAGAAAGCAGAAAGCUACAGGAGAAAGUCCAGGCAGCUAAAGAGCAGCUGACGCCUCUGCAAGAGUCUGUCAGGGACUCUUUCACACAAGUGGGACAGGUUCAGCAGAAACUAAAUGACCUUCAGAUGGAGGAGCGGUCAGUCACCGCUCAGCUCAGCUGGAAGAGAGCUCUUGAAGACAGCUCUCCAGUGCCAGUGUUGGUGAAUGGAGCUGGCCCCACCGCAGAUAUGCAUCAGGCAGAUCCUUUUCACAAGGACCUACUGGAGGAUGAUCAGCCCAAGGACCUGAAGGUGGAGGCACCAGUAAUUAACUCUAAUAUUCUGACAGAUCCAACUGACGUCUGUGAAGCAGCGGAAUAUGAAAGUAAAGAAGAGGAAUCUAGUCCAGAGGAAGAAAAAAGUAAACCAGAUCCCUUAGAUGAUCUCUACACUAGUCUAGCCUCGUCGGAUAUAUACAAUAAUUUUUCAAGCCUUGCAAAACCCUGGGAUACUGAAAAGGAACAAAGCAGUUCUACACCUGACAUCACACUUGAAGUAGUUGAAGAUGAAGAUUUGCCCAAGCCAACAGUAACAACAAAUGUUGAACCCCCUGAGCCAGAGAGCAAAGAUGAUUCAGAUCCUCCAGAGACCGUACCAACUGCCCCUUCACCACUGCCAACCAGCACUGCCCCCCGACCACAGACUACUCCCCCUCCUCUGCCCCAGAGUACCGCACCGCCCCAGACUAACCCCCCUCCUCUGCCGCAGAGUACUGCACCGCCUCAGACUACACCCCCCCCUCUCCCCCAAAGCACCGCACCACCUCAGACAACCCCCCCUCCUCUUCCCGAGAGUACAGCACCACCACAGAACAACCCAACUCCCCUGCCUGAAAUGGACUUCUUUGGAUCAGACCCCUUUACUGACCAUGAUCCUUUCAAAGAUGAUCCCUUUGGAAAAGCAGAAGUUCCAGAUCCAUUUGGAGGAGACCCGUUUAAAGGCACAGAUCCUUUUGCUGCAGACUCUUUCUUCACUCAGUCCUCAAGCGUCCCGUUUCCCUCAAGCGACCCUUUCUCUGGACCAGCUGACCCGUUUACUUCUGACACCAAUGCACCAGAACCGGACCUAUUUGCUACAAAGAAAAGUGACAAACCAGUCGCCACUCCUGCAAAUUCAGACCCCUUCAGCACAAAACCAGCAAAUCCAAGCACGACAACCCCAGAUCCAUUUACCUCCACAGAGAACAGUGAGCCUGACCCCGACCUGUUUGGAGGGAAAGUGAACGCCCUUAACGAGGCCGAUCCUUUUGGGACCCAUGAUGGAAAGUCUGACCCCUUCAGCUGUUCCCCACCUAGUUCUGAUUUGGCUGUGAAGGACACAGCCACAUCCAAUGACCCUUUUGCUCCAGGUGGUACUUCAGUAAGCACCUGUUCUGAUCCAGAUCCUUUUUCAGCUGUAUUUGGUAAUGAGUCAUUUGGAGGUGGUUUUGCAGACUUUAGUGCCUUGGCCAAGUCUAAUGGUGAAGAUUUUGGGAUUAAUAAUAAGAAUAUAUUCCAAGAGGACAACUCUGACGUGCCCCCAGCUCUUCCUCCUAAAACUGGCACACCGACUCGGCCUCCUCCCCCACCCCCAGGUAAGAGAUCCUCCAUCUCCAGAACAGAGUCUUCAGACUCUUUCCAUCGUCGAGGGCACUUCCUCCCGCAGUCUUCGAGCGAUUUUUCCUCUUCCUCCUCCUCCUCUUCCCUGCCUGCCAAGGAUCCUUUAGCUGACCCCUUCGCCCCCUCCUCCCCUCCACGUCACAACGUUCGAGAAGCUGACCGAUUUGCCAGCUUUGACAAAUAUCCAACAGAGGAAGACAUGAUCGAGUGGGCAAAGCGCGAGAGCGAAAGGGAGGAAAAGGAGCGACUCGCAAGGCUAACACAACAGGAACAAGAAGAUCUAGAGCUAGCCAUCGCACUCAGCAAAUCUGAACUGUCGUGAGUAUCCCAUCAUCCCCCUCUCCACAACCCCACUCCUUUUCACUGUCCCAGGAGGGCACAGCACAGCACAGCCCAGCCCUGAGCGGAAAGCACCAAAGCAAAGUGGGGACUAUAUUAUGGACUAAUUCAACAGCGGACCCCCUGAAGAAACUGUAUGGGAACAAGUCCAUCAACUAUCUUUCAUGUCUGUUGUACUGUCCACUAUCAACACAGUAUUGUAUUUCAAUGUGCUUUUCAUCCAGAGGAGCAGACUACAGUGGUGUGUGUGGUUUUAAAGGAUGGGUAGUUGAGAAGCCAUGCAGUGAAUAUGGAUUUGGAGAGGUUGAAUUGUUUCCUCAUUACUACUUCCGAAUGUAUUUAUUUAAGCAUUUAAAUGGCCUUUAUCACAAGCCUCUCUAGUUUUACACUAAUCCUAAUGCUACACUUUAUUAAAAUAUUUUUUCUACCUUAUUUCUAGUCUAUUGUACAUUUGACGUAUAGACAAAAUAGAAAUUUUACAUCACUUUUUUCAUUCGGUCAUUAAAAAAAAACAAAAAACUGUACAGAUAUAAGUCCUACAUGCAACUAAAGAAUGUGUAUGUUAAUUCAUUUUUACACCUUUAACUAGAGGGCCUUUUCUAUGUAAAUUGCAUGUAAUAUUUCAAAUAUGGACAAGGCUUCAAAGUAUGUCAUUCAUAUUUAACAUUUUUAAAUAUUUUGUGCUACCACCUCUUGGUAAAUUCAAAUCAUUUUGUAAUUUGUUAAUCUAUUCUGAAAUACUACAGUCCCUUUUAACAUAUGAUAUGAUACAGAUAUGAAACCAUGGUUAUGAUAUGAUCAUUAUUGUGGGGUAAUCCACACAUUCUGGUUUGGGUGUAAUUUUUCUUAUAAAUUAUAUUUUACAAUAGUCAGCAUUAAGCCAAAUGUUCAUCCUUGGAUUCAUUUGCACAACCAUUAAGGUUACCAAUGGAUCUCCAGUGCUGCACUGUGAAGGUUUUUGAAGGGAAUGUCUUGGCCAAUUUUUCUACAUUUUUCUGAUGAAAUGAUGCAUGCCUGUACAUGACUCAUUUCAUGCUGCAUUUUAUGGCCUUUCUGCUUUUAUUUCUUUUGUAGACUGUCUUAAUAGAAAUCAGAACCACUUAAAUUUAGGCUUAUCCAUAAAGGCUUUUUAAAAUUGUGUUUUAUUUUGUAUUUUCUAACAUGUAAGAGAAAUGAUCAAAUUUUGUCAGAUUAUGUAAUGCUAAAUGACAGUAAAUAAAUAUUAAACCUAUAGUUUGCA